GAACAAGACCGUCUCCGUCCUUAGAGAGAUCGUGCGAAUUUUCUUCGGCCAAAACCGGUUUUUUUUAACGGCCGUGCGACUGUCAAUCAGGAGCCCCUCCCUCUCGAUCAAGGCUCUUCUCGAUACUACGCAAACUCAGCAGGUGCUGCAGGUGUUUUGCAGUAAUAUCUUCAUCUUCUUCUCUCUGUAUUGUUAUACAUCGAAAUCGAAGGCAAAAGGAAAGAGAAGCCAGUAAGCGGCUUUUCCUUGAUCGACACCACCGUCAUUCCUUGCUCCAUGGCCAGUCACAUCAUUGGUAAUCGCAAUAGCACUCCGGACGCUUCCAAAUCCACUCUCCGGCCCCCGUCGUCGUCCCGUAACCUAGGUUCACAUCAGCUUCGAGCGUCGGCCGAUAUGUCGGGAUUUCCGUCCCCCUUGUCGUCCCGCAGCAUCCGCCCGGCAUCAGAGGUGUACUUCAAUCAGCAGUCUCAAGCGUCGAACAAUGCAGAGGACCCUCUGGAUCGUGCGGCUCAACAGUGGCUUGCGGAUAUCGAUCAGUACGAAACCACGCUAGAAGAGAUGGCCGCCGCAACGCUUGAUCAGGAUUUCAAGGAUGAGCUCAGUGCGAUCGAGCAAUGGUUCCGUGUGCUCAGCGAGGCGGAACGCACUGCUGCACUGUAUGCUCUGCUUCAGCAGACUACUCAGGUACAGAUCCGUUUCUUUAUCCAGGUUUUGCAGCAAAUGGCCAAGAGUCACCCCAUGUCGGGAUUGCUGUCACCUGCGAACUUUGGAGAAAAGGAUGCUAUGUCUAACCGCCUGAAUGACGCUAUGUCCAAAUUGAACGUGGACAGCUCUCGGAACUCUUUGGGUCGUCCCCCGCCCUCUCCAGGUGCCAAGCGCAACUCGGGGCUGGACUCCUCGACCAUCAAUGCUAUGUUCCCUGACGCCGCUGCUGCUAUUGCGAAGAAGAAGGCCGAGUUCACCCAGCAGACUGGCAACGCUCCCCCCUCCAACCGUAACAGUGCUGUAUUCGGCGAUCGGACUUCAUUCGUUGCACCUACCAUCUCCGCUCCGGACAACAAUACGGACAACCUAGGUCAACCCCCUGUAUCUCCAUGGGCCCAAAGGGGUCCCGAUAGCCAACCGCCAAUUGCUCGACCCAAGUCGUCCUCUGGCCACCAGCCCAUGGGGCAGUUCAGUCAGGCGUCUUCUGGCCUCCGUUCUCCCCUCCCCCAGACUGCUACGAUUCCUGCGCCCGAAAUCGAGGCUCCUCUUUUGUCGCCGUACAAUGUUGGUAAUGCCAGCUGGGCUUCCAUGACCAACACUCCGAUGACGGCUACUUUCGCGCAGCAGCAACAGCAGCAAAACUCGCAGGCUGAUAUGGUGGCCAAUGCGACGGCGAUGAAGCUGGCUGCUCUGUCGACUGUGAACAAUCGUAUUGCGCUUGAUGAUGCUCGGAAAUAUCGUCGUGCCCGUUCCAACGACGGACAAGGAAAGAAUGCUAAUGCCAACAAUGUCAAUCAGAACAUGCCUCAAGGCGGCCUCGCAAGCCCGGGUCUCCCAGGCCCCAACCACCUGGUUGCUGGACAACUUUUGAACGCACAACAGCUGGCAGCGCUCCAGGCGCAGCAGCAGGCCGCUAUGGCGGGUCGGCGUUCUCGCCCAACAUCCCCCGGAAUUGCUAUGCAAGGAGGCGCUCUCGGCCCAAUGGGAUUCACGUCGCCCCAGAACAACGGGUUCUUAGCAGCGUAUGACCCGAAUAACCCUCUCAUGGGCAAUGGACUGGGUGCGCUUGGCAUUGGACAGUUUGGCCUCGGCGGUCAUGAAGGUUAUCUCUCGGAUCACUCGGAGGUCACUCGCGGCCGCUCGCCACGAGGCCGUCGUGGUAGCUCGAAGCCGCCAGAGGAUCCCACCGACCCUGCUCUGUUGAAGGACAUUCCCAGCUGGCUGAGGUCUCUGCGUUUGCAUAAGUAUACCGAAAACCUGAAGGAUCUGAAGUGGACUGAGCUAGUUGAGCUUAACGACAAAGCUCUGGAGGAGCGUGGCGUUAAUGCUCUUGGGGCCAGAAACAAGAUGCUCAAGGUUUUCGAACAGGUCAGGGAAGCCAAGUCUGAUGGCAAGCUUGACAACAUUCUGUGACGGAGGACGUACUGUUCCUCUGUCUUGGUUUUUCCUUCUUUUUUUCGUUCUAACAUUCUCUCCCUUGCAUUAAUUUGAUUAGAUUGAAAUUGGGCAUAAGUGGCAGGAUCCGAUUAUAUCCAUGAGCGAUUCAUUGGAUGACCCUUUGGGGAGGAGAGUUGUGUAAUAAUCGAUUCGAGACGUUGUCUGAUCCGACGUUGGAUGAGUGACUGAAACUCUGUAUGUAUUUGUUUGAUGGAUUUGGCUAUU